AUGCACUGGAUUACAGUCGUCACGUUAUUUUCGGCGAGUUUUCUCUCCAGGGCUGGAGCCAGCAGCCACAGCAGUAUAUUAUAUGUUGACGACGAACCAUCCAUGACGUUCCAUUACACGACGGACCAGCCAGCAUAUGGUAAUUGGAUUGGUGUCUGGAAUGCGGACGACUGGCAGGCGGACGAGGCGGCUAGGAAGAGGGACAGCUCCGUGGCCUGGCACUACGCACGAGGCAUCGACGGCGAGGUGCGUCUUCCCGUCAACAUCACCGGCAAGUACAAGGCAUGCCUGUUUUCAUCAGCCUCGUCAUCGACGCCUCGCACCCUCGCCGGCCCCGAGGAGUUCGAGCUGGACAGCGACAGACCGUGCAACAUCCCUACCAGCCUAUGCGAUGAUGGCGAGAAGGAAUGUUUUGGCGAAUGCAUUUCGGCCGCUGACUACUGCAAUGGCGAUGCGUUUGGAGUGUGUCCGUGGACCAGGCCUUCUAUUUGGCAGGGCGGCGUGUGUUGCAAUGGCGGCACUGACGGCACUCAAGGCGGCGACAACUGUACUCCCCAGAUCCCACCAUGCAACCCAAAGUCGGGCAAAGAAUGCUAUGGCAAAUGCGUCUCCAAGGAUGACUUUUGUCAUGAUGAUGCGUUUGGUAUAUGUCCAGCAGCCAAACCUUCUAUCUGGCAGGGCGGUACGUGCUGUAAUGGCGGCACUGAUGGCACUCAAGGCGGCGAUAAUUGUUCUCCUCAGAUCCCCCCGUGCAACCCAAAGUCGGGCAAGGAAUGCUCUGGAAAAUGCAUCCCCAAGGAUGCUGAAUGCUGA